UCUUCCCUCCUCCUCUUCCUCCUCUCCCCUUCCUCUCCUCCUUUUCCUCCUUCUUUCUUUCCCCCUCCUCCUCCUGCUCCUUUCCCCAGAGGCUGAGUGGCGGGUGCAGCUGGGCAUUGCUGGGAGAGCGGAGGGUUGCCGGGGCUCCUGCCUGCCUCUCUCUCUUUCUGCCUGGGCUCCUGGGGGCUGCUGCUGCUGCUGCCGCCUCUGCUGCUGCCGGGAGCCAUGCUGUCUCGGAAGGGCCUGAUCCCGGAGGAGUUCGUGCUGACGCGGCUGUCGGAGGGCGGCCCUUCUGGCCCGGAGGCGCCCCGCGGGAGGCAGCGGAGGGCGCGCUUCGUGGGCAAGAGCGGGGCGCUGAACGUGGCGCACAAGAACAUCCGGGAGCAGGGCAGGUUCCUGCAGGACGUCUUCACCACUCUGGUGGACCUGCGCUGGUCCCACGCGCUGCUCAUCUUCACCCUCUCCUUCCUCUGCAGCUGGCUGCUCUUCGCCCUCACCUGGUGGCUGCUGGCCUUCGCCCACGGGGAUCUCCAGAUGGAGCAGGGCCAGGUGGAGGGCCAGGCGGCCCCCUGCGUCACCCAGAUCCACUCCUUCACCUCCGCCUUCCUCUUCUCCAUCGAGGUCCAGGUCACCAUCGGCUUCGGGGGCCGCAUGAUGACGGAGGAGUGCCCCCUGGCCAUCCUGGUCCUCAUCCUCCAGAACAUCGUGGGCCUGGUCAUCAACGCCAUCAUGCUGGGCUGCAUCUUCAUGAAGACCUCACAGGCCCACCGCCGGGCCGAGACCCUCAUCUUCAGCCGCCAUGCCGUGGUGGCCCUCCGUGGGGGGCGGCUCUGCCUCAUGCUCCGCGUGGGCGACCUCCGCAAGAGCAUGAUCAUCGGGGCCUCCGUCCGCCUGCAGGUGGUCCAGAAGAGCACCAGCCCCGAGGGAGAGGUCCUGCCCCUGAACCAGGCCGAGAUCCAGCUGGAGAACCCUGUGGGGGGCAACAGCAUCUUCCUGGUUUCCCCGCUCAUCAUCUCCCACCCCAUCGACCGCCACAGCCCCCUCUACGACCUGGCACCCGCCCAGCUCCACCACCACCAUGACCUGGAGGUCAUCGUCAUCCUCGAAGGGGUGGUGGAGACCACCGGCAUCACCACCCAAGCCAGGACCUCCUACCUGGCCGACGAGAUCCUCUGGGGACAGCGCUUCGUCCCCAUCGUCUCCGAGGAGGACGGGCAGUACUCGGUAGACUACUCCAAGUUUGGCAACACCGUCAAGGUGCCCACCCCACAGUGUACUGCCAGGCAGCUGGACGAGGACAGCAGCAUCAUGGCCAACCUGGCCUUGGGCCCCAAGGCCACCUUCAGGAAGAAAUCCAUGAGGUUGAAGCCCAAGUUCACCAUCUCGGAUGAUGAGCCUUCUUGACCUCAUGGGCAUCAUGGGCACCCUGGCUUUGGGCCCCAGGGGUACCCUCAGUAACAGAUCUGUGAGGUUGAAGCCCAAGUUUAUCAUCUCAGAUGACAAACCCUCUUGACUUCAUGGGCAUCUUGGACACCCUGGAUUUGGGCCCCAAGGCUACCCUCAGUAACGGAUCUGUGAGGUUGAAGCCCAAGUUUAUCAUCUCAGAUGACAAACCCUCUUGACCUCAUGAACAUCAUGGGCACCCUGGCUUUGGGCCCCAAGGCCAUCCUCAGCAAGAGAUCUAUCUAUGAGGUUAAAGCUCAGGUUCACCAUCUCUAAUAACAACCUCUCUUGACAUCAUGGGCAUCAUGGCCACCUUGGCCUUGGGCCCCAGGGCCACCCUUAGGAAGGGAUCUUUGAGGUUGAAGCCCAGGUUCACCAUCUCACCAUCUCUUGACCUCCGUUGGGGUCUGGAACCUGACACAUCAAGACCCAUGCCCAGAGGUCUCCUCUGUUUCUGGGAUCCAGGUUGGUCUCAUAAGGUAUGUAAGAGCCUCUUCAGUGCAGGACAAAUCUGUGGAUCAGGGAAACAGAGCAUCCAGAGCUAUUUGCACAAUCACUUGGGGUGGAGAAACAACCUACACAGAAAGAUGCCUUUUUUCUUUUUGAGAAUUCAUUUUCUAUGUAUCCCAUUAUAUUAUUUCUGCCCUGGCAUUACAUAGAUCUGAUCUGGUUUUUUUCGUUUUUAACUUCUAUGCUACUGGUAUUGAAGGAGGCUCAGUAGGCUGAAUAAUAAGAAAAUCAGCCAUUCAUUUUUGUGACAACAAAGACUAGACACAAGGGUGCCUGUUUACACUGCAAUGCUUUCUGUCUUAAAAAGAAAUGUACAGUACAGAUUAAGUUAAAGUAUAAAUAAUGGUGUUGUGGUUUCUUUCACUGGAGGUGAAUUAGGAUGUGUAUAGUUUUGAGGGGACUCGGGAAUCUUGUUGUGAUUGAGUUCACUUGUAACCCCAGUUCUUGUUUAUUAUAGGAAAUGGGAGGAGAGGGUUCCCAAAAUAUUAAAUAAGGGGGGAAAGCCAGCAGUUGUGGAUGUGAGGGGCAAAUAGGAAAAAUGGGUUUAUACUGUGCCACAGUCAGCCUUGCUCUAACUUUGUAGUGUUUUAAUGGUGCCACCUCCUAUGACAUUUGUAGAAACAUUAUUUCUGGCCUUGUUCAUAACAACUGAAAUGCAGGAUUAGAACAGCUCUGGGGAUCAUUGUUCAUACUUGAAAAAAAAUUGGGCUGCCUUUCAUCCCCAGAACUCUUUCCAGACUUCUGAAAUGGGAAAUAUUGUUUGAAAAUAGUCCUAUAAAGCUAUGGGAAUUUUCUUCCAUAGAAAUGAGAUGCAAUAGAUACAUAACUGCAGUACUCAUCCAGCAUAUUUACACUUCCCAUAGCCUUUUACUCAAGCAAUAUUUGCUAACAAGUUGCCAGAACAGGAGUGGACAAUAGGCUGUUGACAUUUUGCCUGACAGUCAUGUGGCUUCAUCUGCCAAGACACAGUCAUCUUCUUUGUUUUGAUAGGCAAUAUAAAAGAGUGUUGUGCGUUAGUCAGAGUGAUGGAUUAAGACUGGAGAGAACAGAUACCAAUCCCAUUUAGCUGGGUAGCUCACUGGGUAACCUUGGGCCCAUCAUACCCUUUCAACCUAACCUACCUCAAAGGGUUAUCGCAAAGUUACAAGGACAGCAGGUGGGGGAAGAGCUGCUUAUCCUGCCUUGUGCUCCUUGAAGGAGCAAUGCAAUAUAUAUAAUUUCACUUUUGUCACUGAUCUGGAGCAAAUGGCACAUCUGGGGAGAAAUCAGUGACUGGUGAUAAUAGAGAACCUACUGAACCCCAUUGUGGAACUUACCUCACUGUAUAUUCUAACUGAGCUGCUUUGAUUAUCACAUGCUAGAUCAGUAACCAGACUUAGGGAUGAAUUUAUUUAACCAAGUAGCUGUAAUGAAAAUUAAAUCAACUUAAUCUUUUAAUUUAUCCCCAGGCAUGCAUCAGUCAAAAAUGAAUGUGGCUGUAUUUACUCCCCCAAAGAAAAUAAAAGAACGAUAUGGCUUGCAAUUCUAAAAUUAAAGUCUUAAUGCAUGUUUAAAUUAGCAUGUAUAUGUUUUAAUACAUUUGAAUGCCUCUCAAAAUAUUUGUUGUAUGAACAAACAUGGGAUAGCUGUAUAGUAAGAGAAACUUUUCUGAACCCUUUGCACAAUAUUAUACGUGAAGCAGAAAUAAUCUGUGGCAUGGGGGAAAAGUGGCAUUUGAAAAAAGUUAAAUUUUAUAUUGUGCUAAUCCAUUUUUUUAAACCACUGUAUUUAUUAAAAGUCAGUAAUGCUAAAAUGUCUAGUAUUAAGAUCAUGUUACUUAAUGCAAGGAAGGAUGACUUUUUUGAUAUCUCAACCAUCUGAUUUGUUUGCAGUUUUCUGUGCAAUUUUCUACUGAGGAUGUAAGGGCUCUUAAUCUCCGAUAUGAUCCUACUUGUCUUUACAGCCUGCCAUUAACUGUAAAAUUGUUUAACUAUAAAAUUGUC